GAUUACUGGCGGUCGCGGGUCAAUCAUUUUUAUAAAUCUCUGGCCAUUUCGGAAGGCGGUGUGGAUAUUUUGAGAACACUGGUGGUUGAGGACAGGACCUGAUUCGAAUCGGAAAGCGACAUUUUAUGCAGAAAUCAACGCAGUUUGUGGAUUCUCGAUUCAAGUGAGUUGCUUAGGGCAUUGAUUUUCCAGGGAAAUCCGUUGAGAUGACUCCUGUUUGUCCGUUCGUGAAAUCUGCUCGUCCCGACGACGCUUCUUCGCGGAAGCACCAGCCGGAAGCUGCUUGUCCUUUCGCGAAAUCCGGCCGCUCCGAUGAUGCUUCUUCUAGAAAGCAGCAAUCGGAGGCUGCUUGUCCGUUUUCGAAAUCUGCUCGCUGCGACGAUGCUUCUGUGAGGAAGAAUCAGGUUGAGGCGGAGAGUAACGAGGCGGAGAAAGACGUUGCCGAUGCUGCUACAACCGGUGGCAAGUGUCCAUUCGGAUAUGAUUCUCAAACUUUCAAGCUUGGCCCUCUGAGCUGUAUGAUAUGUCAGGCGCUUCUCUUUGAAUGCAGCAGAUGUGUCCCCUGUUCUCACAUUUACUGCAAAGCAUGUAUAUCUCGAUUUAAAGACUGUCCGCUGUGUGGAGCUGACAUUGAGAAGAUUGAAGCCCACGCUGAUCUGCAAGGUACGGUUGAUCGCUUCAUUGAAGGUCAUGCGAGAAUCAAGAGAUCCCAGGUGAACUCAGACAAAGAGCAGGAGGAAGUUAGUGAAAGUAAAGUAGUAAUUUAUGAAGACGUGUCCAUGGAGAGAGGUGCUUUCUUGAUCCAACAAGCCAUGAGGGCAUUUCGUGCCCAGAAUUUUGAAAGUGCCAAAUCCAGGCUCACUAUCUGUGUCGAAGAUAUUCGAGAUCAAUUAGAAAGAAUGGGCAACUCGUCAGAAUUAUGCUCACAGCUUGGAGCAGUUCUAGGCACACUUGGCGAUUGUUGUCGAGCAGCUGGAGAUGCUAGUUCUGCAAUCAAGCACUUUGAAGAAAGUGUAGAAUUUCUCUCAAAGCUUCCUGAAAAGAGUCAUGAGGUCACUCAUACCCUUUCUGUAUCACUUAAUAAAAUUGGCGAUCUUAAGUACUAUGAAGGAGACCUCCAAGCUGCAAGAUCUUAUUAUUUCCGGUCGCUUAAUGUUCGCCAAGAUGCUAGCAAGCAUCAUCCUGACGAUCCAUCCCAGAUCCUAGAUGUGGCUGUUUCGCUUGCAAAAGUUGCAGACGUGGACAGUGGUCUAGGAAAUGAGGACAUGGCAGUUAAUGGAUUUCAGGAAGGCAUAAAGCUGUUGGAAUCGUUAACACUGAAUUCUGAGAAUCCUGGUCUUGAACAGCGACGUCAAUCUGUUCUCAAAUUCCUUGAAGGUCAACUCACAGAGCGACAAAAAGGCGACUCCAGAUGAUUGAAAGGUAUGAUGCUGUGUGAAUGUGAUAGAGAUUGUUCCAAUCGUCUAUAUACAAUAUCUUAGUUAAGCAAAUAAGUUCCCUGAAGAUCAAGAGCAUUUAGAAGGAAAUUUAUGGCUAUGGAAUACAUCAUCUCGGAUGCUCUUAUUGUGUUUUCUUCAUCGUAUAGUACAAAAGCAUACGUAACUCGCAUAAGCUUGAAUUGGCCUGGCAGUUAUGAAGCCAUGGCAUUUCUGUUCGGCUGGCGGUCACGUCUCCCAUGUGUAUAAGGUUUUGCUUAUCUCCCCCCUCUGAGAACUCUGGUUGUGUAGAAUUUAGCAGGAACUCCUCACUCUCUUUUACAGUGAAGUUGUUUGCUAAUCUGCAGAUGCAAUCUUUUGAAAUAAAUUGAACUUAAUUAGUA